CGCAUGCGCCCUUGCUGCGCGGACGCUCGCCCCUUUCCCGCGUUUUGGCGGUUUUUGUGUUGUUGCCCGCCGUCCCCCCUCCCCUGAGGUUCCCCGGUGACAGUCUGUGGUCUCCGCGCCCGGGAUGGAGCCGCUGGACGAACUGGAGCUGCUCAUGGAGAAGACCUUCGGGGAGGAGGCCGCGCCGCCGCCGGAGCUAUUUCAGAACAAGGUGGAAGCUUCCUUCCCAAAAACAGUCUUGAGCCGAGGAAUGGAUAACCGAUACCUGGUGUUAGCAGUCACUGUUGUACAGGAUGAAGAAGGCAGCCAGGAAAAGCACUUAAUCAUCACUGCUUCCCAGUCGCUGGAAGACAAAGAACAGUGCAUCCUUAGGAAUGGCUGGUGUUCUGUUCCAGUACAGCCAGGGGAUAUCAUUCAUUUGGAGGGGGACUGUACUUCUGAUACUUGGAUAAUAGAUGAAGAUUUUGGAUAUUUGAUUCUGUAUCCAGACAUGCUGAUUUCCGGCACAAGCAUCGCCAGUAGUAUUCGAUGUAUGAGAAGAGCUGUCUUGAGUGAAACCUUUAGGAGCUCAGAUUCAACGACCCGCCAAAUGCUAAUUGGUACAGUUCUCCAUGAAGUAUUUCAAAAAGCAAUAAGUGAUAGCUUUGCCCCAGAAAAGCUCCAAGAGCUUGCUUCUCAAACUGUUCAAGAAAUAAGACAUUUGAAGGAAAUGUACCGCUUAAAUCUCAGUCAAGAUGAAAUAAAACAAGAAGUAGAGGAGUAUCUUCCUUCAUUUUCUAAGUGGGCUGGAGACUUCAUGCAUCAGAACACUGACUUCCCUCAGAUGCAGCUCUCUCUGCCAAGCGAUGGCAGUAAUAAUAAUUCGACAUGUCACAUUGAAGUAAUCAAUUCAUUGGAUAUUGAAGAAAGCAUUUGGUCCCCUAGGUUCGGACUAAAGGGCAAAAUAGAUGUUACAGUUGGUGUGAAAAUACAUCGAGGUCAUAAGACGAAAUACAAGAUAAUGCCCUUGGAACUCAAGACUGGCAAAGAAUCAAAUUCUGUUGAACACCGUAGUCAGGUUGUUCUGUAUACACUGCUCAGCCAAGAGAGAAGAGCUGACCCCGAGGCUGGCUUGCUUCUGUACCUCAGGACCGGUCAGAUGUACCCUGUGCCUGCCAACCACCUAGACAAAAGAGAAUUAUUAAAGCUAAGAAACCAGAUGGCCUUCUCUUUGUUUCACCGUAUUAGCAAAUCUGCUACUGGAAAUGAUAAGACACAACUUGCUUCUUUGCCACAAAUAAUUGAGGAGGAGAAAAUCUGCAAAUAUUGUUCACAAGUGGGUACCUGUGCUCUUUACAGCAGAGCAGUUGAACAACAGAUGGAUGACAGUUCCAUCCCAAUUGUCAUGGUGCCCAGAAUAAAAGAAGAAACCCAACAUCUGAAGCCUACACACUUAGAGUAUUUCAGACUUUGGUGUCUAAUGUUAACCCUGGAGUCGCAAUCAAAAGAGAAUAGAAAGAAUCACCAGAAUAUCUGGCUAAUGCCUGCCUCAGAAAUGGAGGAGAGUGGCAACUGCAUUGGCAACCUGAUUAGACGAGAAAAUGUAACAAGAGUGUGUGAUGGACAGUAUUUACAUAACUUCCAGCGGAAAAAUGGUGCCAUGCCUAUCACAAAUCUAAUGGCAGGUGACAGAAUUAUUUUAAGUGGAGAAGAGAGAACACUGUUUGCUUUGUCCAGGGGAAUCUUGUGUUUCUCACACAGACUAUGUGAAAUUAAAAAUAUUCAUAUAUGUAUAUGUAUGUUUUGCUGUUUCAGGAAUUUGUCUGUGUUCCCAGAAUCAACAAUAUUCAGAUUAGACCAGGAAGAAAAAAAUUGUGACAUAGACACCCCUUUGGGAAAUCUUUCUAAACUGAUGGAAAACACUUAUGUCAGCCAAAAACUUCGAGAGCUGAUCAUAGACUUCCGUGAGCCCCAGUUUGUAUCCUACCUCAGUUCAGUCCUCCCACAUGACGCAAAGGAUGCAGUUGCCCACAUUCUAAAAGGUUUGAAUAAGCCUCAGAGGCAAGCAAUGAAGAAGGUUCUUCUCUCCAAGGACUACACGCUCAUCGUGGGAAUGCCUGGGACCGGGAAAACAACUACGAUAUGUACUCUCGUAAGAAUCCUCUAUGCCUGUGGUUUCAGCGUUUUGUUGACCAGCUAUACACAUUCUGCUGUUGACAAUAUUCUCUUAAAGUUAGCCAAGUUUAAAAUAGGAUUUUUGCGUCUGGGUCAGACUCAGAAGGUUCAUCCAGAUAUCCGGAAAUUCACAGAGCUGGAGGUUUGCAGAUCAAAGUCCAUCAAAUCUUUGGCUCUUCUAGAAGAACUCUAUAAUAACCAACUCAUAGUUGCAACAACAUGUAUGGGAAUAAACCAUCCAAUAUUUUCUCGUAAAAUUUUUGAUUUUUGUAUCGUGGAUGAAGCCUCUCAAAUUAGCCAGCCGAUUUGCCUGGGACCACUUUUCUUUUCACGGAGAUUUGUGUUGGUGGGAGAUCAUCAGCAGCUUCCUCCCCUCGUGCUGAACCGUGAAGCUAGAGAUCUUGGCAUGAGUGAAAGCUUAUUCAAGAGGCUGGAGCAGAAUAAGAAUGCUGUUGUGCAAUUAACUGUGCAAUACAGAAUGAACAGUAAAAUUAUGUCCUUGAGUAAUAAGCUAACCUAUGAGGGGAAGCUGGAGUGUGGCUCAGACAAGGUGGCCAGUGCCGUGAUAAACCUGCCUAACUUCAAAGAUGUGAAGCUGGAACUGGAAUUUUAUGCUGAUUAUUCUGAUACUCCUUGGCUGCUUGGAGUAUUUGAACCAAACAUUCCUAUUUGUUUUCUGAAUACAGACAAGGUUCCAGCACCAGAACAAGUUGAAAAAUGUGGUGUGAGCAAUAUAAUAGAAGCCAAACUCAUUGUUUUCCUGACGUCAAUAUUUAUUAAGGCUGGAUGUAAUCCCUCUGAUAUUGGCAUCAUUGCACCGUACAGGCAGCAGUUAAAGAUCAUCAAUGAUUUAUUGGCACAUUCUUCUGUUGGGAUGGUGGAAGUUAACACGGUAGACAAGUAUCAAGGAAGAGACAAAAGUAUUAUCCUUGUGUCUUUUGUUAGAAGUAACCAGGAUGGAGCUCUUGGUGAACUCCUGAAAGACUGGCGCCGUCUUAACGUUGCUCUAACCAGAGCCAAACAUAAACUGAUUCUCCUGGGCUCUGCGCCCUCAUUAAACCGCUAUGCUCCCUUGGAGAAGCUGCUUGGUCAUCUAAAUUCAGAAAAACUCAUUGUUGAUCUUCCAUCAAGAGAACAUGAAAGUCUUUGCUACAUCCUGGGUGAUUUUCAAAGAGGAUAAAGCACUGUUUUUCCUUUCUUACUUGGACGUUGUCAUGCUAGCUAGUGCCUCCUCAUACUCGUCCUCUGAGUUUGAUAUAAAUAAUGGCUGGUUAGACUGUGAAAAUAACUUGUGUCCAAGAAGUACAAAAUGAGCUGUGUGUUCAGUGUUCCAAUAGUUUAUUUAUUUAUUUUUUGGAAUAAUUUUAUUAAACCUAAAACUCUUCUGCCACACAAAUUUAAUGGUGUUUUUGUAAGUACAGGUUUGCCCCAAGCUGUGUAAAGUCUACAUUUAUCAGUUGUAUAUCAGUUGUAUUUUUGCAUGACCCAAAGAAAUGGAUUAACUUUUGGAUGGAUUAACUAUUGGAUCUGAACUCCACACUUUGAAGCCCAAAAUUUUAAGACUAAUUUAAUUUAGUUGAAUUUACUUGUAAGAGUUUUAUUUGAAAGAUGGAAAGAAUAAAGUUGAUUUUUUUUUCAUCAUUUAAGCACAAUUUUGUUAUGAUGAGAACAUAGAAGUGAUUCUUCUCUAUUAAUUGAGGCCCCUGAUCCAAAGGCCAUUAUGCUGUUUGUCUUUUUCCUGACCUUGUUUUCUGGAACUAAAUAUGUUUUCACUUUAAACCUGGUGUUUUAAACUACAACUGUGAAUUGAUUGUGUCUGGUUCAUUUCCUAUGCCCCCUCAAUGGCCUCUUUUUUUAUAUUCAGUAUUUUGGUAUUCUAGAGUAGAUUUGACAUGAAGGAACAUAAUUCUUAAUCUUUUGAGAAGAAUUUUUUUCUGAAUUGAUAAAUUGAAAAGGCAUAUCCCUGUUUCCCCUUCAUUCACAUUCAUUUACUCCUUAGUCUGGAGCCUUUCUGGAUUUUUCCUGAUUGUGUAAAGACAUUUCUAAAGCAGAGUUAUCUCAAAGUGGUGAAUUUGUGCAUGGUAAGAGAUUUUUACCUCAGUGUAUCCAUGUCCAUGGUGGGGAGCCUUCCCUUUCUGUUGAGGUUUUUGUUUUUUGUUUGUUUUUUUGUUUUUGUUUUUUCUAAAUGAGUGUUAAUGUUAAAAUAGUUGCUUCUACCUCUUUUUCUUAAGUUAAUACUUGAAGUUGUUAUUUAAUAAAUUGUUUUCUACUGAA